AUGUAAUUUUAAAUUACAUGUAAUUAAGCUGAUCAUCAAAAUCAAUAAAUAAUAAGGUUUUGCAUAGAUAGUUCUUGCACAAAAUACAGAUCUUAUUGUAAUUCUUGCAUACCUAGUCAUAGUGAACAUCUUCAUAAGUUAACAUCCUUAGAAUUUUUGUAUUAAUGGAUUGAGCAAGGAAUCCUUAGUAUUGAUAGUGUUUAAAAGAAUGUUUAAAAGUUUAAAGUAGCCCUUGAUAGUCUUAUAAGUUAAUUCCUUUCUUAUUUUAACUUGAAUAUUUAAGAAUUCUCAUAAUUAGGAGUAUCAGAGAUUGAAAAAUUGAUAAACGAUUUGUGUAAAAUCAAAGAUUCUGAAAAAGUAUUAUUUAUUCAACUUAAUCAAUUAUUCAAUUAAGGAUAAUCGAUUAUAAACGAAAUACUUAAAAAAAUAAAGAAUUAAACAAAUUUUACGUAACAUAUUAAUUUGUAAUUACAACAUCUUAACUAAGAUAAAUUGAAUUUAGAAAAAUAAAAUGAUCCUUUUAUAUUAUAACCAAAUCCAAAAUCAAACACCUAUGAGUUGAUGAAUUAAAAUUCUAUUAAAUUUGAUGGUUAUUGUCAAGCUAUUGCUUUUGAUAAAGAUUGUUCAACUGUAGCACUUGGUUUUAAUAAAUUAAUAAAAAUAUAUGAGUUCAAGUAAGAAAUGUUAACGUUAAAUAAAAAUAUUAGAUGA